CACGCACACUCUUCCCGUGGUUCCUUUCGUUGAUGGUCCGUAUUCCAUUUACCCGUCCAUUUUUACUGAGGAAAUUUUGUUCACAAGCCGUCAAUUUCAUCAAUUCGACGCCUCUAGGAAGCACGCCAUGUUGGUUCAAAGAUAAAGACCUCGCCCGUAUAGUCGCGAAAGACCUAAUCAUCAAGGAGGACUUCAUUACAUUGGAGGAGGAGCAAAAUUUAGCAGCUGAGUUGGACACAGUUCUUGGUAGGCAACACUACCAGAAGUCGCACUGGGACUACGCCAUUACAGACUUUCGUGAAACGGAACGGAAAACCUGGCGGACCAUCAACCGACCAGUCAUAGAACGCUUACGAAAUCUAACGGCCACCACUGAAUUCCCCGAACCGGCAACAGAUCUGCCCACUGAUCAAAUCGUGCUCCCAUACAUUCAUGUGUUAGAUCUGGCGGAGACUGGCGAGAUUAAGGCACAUAUUGAUAGUGUCAGGUUUUGUGGCGGCUCUGUUGUUGUGCUGAGCCUACUUUCAGAUUCUGUCCUCCGUUUGGCUGUUGCACCCUCAAAAGAAGUUGUAGCCUUGCCAGCCGAUCAACCCGAUUUGGCAGAGCUCAGUCUUCCAAAGCCCGGGAGCUGUGUCGAUUUGCGAAUCCCCCGGCGUUCGGCUUACGUGAUGCGUGGCGCGUCCCGGUAUCUACUGACACAUGCAAUCUUGUCCAAUACAGACGUGGCUCGAUUGUUUGCGGAACAUGGUUCCCAUUUGUAUGAUAUCCAGCGUCCCCGUCGAAUCAGCGUUAUCUGUCGGAGUAGGCUUCGAGCUACGAUGAUCCCAGUGAACAGCACCGAUUCCGACAAUACAGCAAAAAUGGAGAACGGUGUGGGGCGCAGCAGUACUCUGCGCAGCUUGGUUCGUCCAGUAUCUCCGCUAUCGCGUCUACAUCCGCCCUCGUUGCCCACUGCGGAUUCAAGCACGCGGCGACCUGCUCCUACUGAUCACUCCGACCGAGUGAGCCGUAGUCGGAGUCGAUCUCCCUUGGUCGCCUCCAUCGUGCAUUUGGCCAGCCGGCCCAAUGACCCUACCAAUCUGGAACAUGGCCUGGGUGAUGAAACACGCCGCGUGUUGGUACGAGCCGAGGGUCGAGAUGUGUCACCAGAAAACUGGAGACGUGAACGCCGAGAUAAGAGGCUCGAAGAGGGCAAAUCUAAGCGCAAAUCCACACAUCCCUCGGAGUCGCGUUCCUCACGGCACGCGUCUUCAUCAACCAUCAACCGCAAAGAGACCUGUCCGAUCCUCAUUCGCUUGUCCUACUCCACCAACGGAAAGCAUCAUUCGCUGUCCAAGUACGACAGGGGCCGGUUCCCGGAAAAUGAACUUCAGAUAAAUACAUGGAUUGAUUGUUCGUUGCGCGAAUUGGCAGAAGAGGUUCGUGAUGCUUGUCCGAUGGCUAGGAAGCGUGGAACUCGUCUACACUUUGCAGCCAUCUAUCCUGAUCAGCAUGGCACCUACCGUCGUCGCGAAUUGGGUGUGGUCAUUUCAGGAUUCAUCAGCCCCGUGGAUCCCACUGAAAAUCCUCCGGAUGCCUCAAAUAAUACAAAACGACCGUUUCACUUGGCAGAUGAUUCCUCAAGAACUCUGCUAUCCAAACGGUUUCAUAUCGGAGACUUCAUUGAUGUGGCAAUCGCUGAGCAUGUACCCGGUACAUUGGGUGGAUGGAAUAGCAACCGCAGACCCCUGGGUCCAACACCUCUGUCAUCAAAGGCCGAUGGAAAUUCGGAGACUGCCUCUUUGAUAAACCUCAGAAAGGGUAGAACCCGUUGUGGGCUUUCGAAGAGUUUUCAAAUUUCCGAGUACUGUAUUCAUUUGCUUUUCUAUCGCUCGCCGCGCCACACUGCACUAUCAUCCCAACUCACUAAUCACACUAUUUUGGGAUACUUCGUCAGAGCAUACAGGUUAUCAUAUCUCCGUUGUUUUAAUACUAUCAUCAGUGGAGCUGGACUAUACUUCGAGUCACAUCUUCAGACCUACCUAGUCUCUUAUUCGUUCUUAUCGAUUCGUGUCCUACACCUUCAUCAAUUUGACGAAUAG